CGCGUCCUCAGCCACCUUGUAAGCUCUCUGUCGGUACGUGCGCGUUCUGGGCCUGCCGUCCGCCUUUCCGACCGUCCCUCUGUCGCUUGCCCCUAGCCCACCCCCUCUGAGGCUGCGGAAGGCGGGGGUCCCGCGCGCGUACCCGGCGGCAGCAGCAGCGGCGGGUCCGCGAGACCCUGAGGCGAGAGCGUGCGCGGCGCUACCCGCAGUCGCAGUCGGCACGGCCCGGUCCCGCCCCGGUCCCGCCCCGGCCGGCGCGCGCGUCGCGCACUCGGGCAUCGGGCACCGCAGCGCGGCGUGAGCCUGCGGAGAGCCCGCCGGGGACGCCCGAGCUGCGUGUCUGCCCUUGUGGCCGCAGACCACCACCAUGGCCCGCGGGAAAGCCAAGGAGGAGGGCAGCUGGAAGAAGUUCAUCUGGAACUCGGAAAAGAAGGAGUUCCUGGGCCGGACCGGCGGCAGCUGGUUUAAGAUCCUCCUGUUCUAUGUGAUAUUUUAUGGCUGCCUGGCUGGCAUCUUCAUCGGAACCAUCCAGGUGAUGCUGCUGACCAUCAGUGAACUGCGGCCCACCUAUCAGGACCGGGUGGCCCCACCAGGCUUAACGCAGAUUCCUCAGAUCCAAAAGACCGAGAUUUCCUUUCGUCCUGCUGAUCCCAAGAGCUACGAGGCCUAUGUGCUGAACAUAAUUAGGUUCCUGGACAAGUACAAAGAUUCGGCCCAGAAGGAUGACAUGAUUUUUGAAGAUUGUGGCACUGUGCCCAGUGAACACAAGGAACGAGGAGACUUUAACCAUGAACGGGGUGAGCGGAAGGUCUGCAGGUUCAAGCUUGAUUGGCUGGGCAAUUGCUCUGGAAUAAAUGAUGAGACUUACGGCUACAGAGAUGGCAAACCCUGCAUCAUCAUAAAGCUCAACCGAGUGCUGGGCUUCAAACCAAAGCCUCCCAAGAAUGAGACUUUGGAAACAGAUGUUUACGGUAUGAAGUACAACCCGUAUGUUCUGCCCGUUCAGUGCACUGGCAAGCGAGAAGAAGAUAAGGAUAAAGUUGGAAUUGUGGAAUACUUUGGACUGGGCGGAUACUCCGGGUUUCCUCUGCAGUAUUAUCCUUACUAUGGUAAACUCCUGCAGCCCAAGUAUCUGCAGCCUCUGCUGGCCGUACAGUUCAGCAACCUCACCUACGACACUGAAGUUCGUAUUGAGUGUAAGGCGUACGGUGAGAACAUUGGUUACAGUGAGAAAGACCGUUUUCAGGGACGCUUUGAUGUAAAAAUUGAAGUUAAGAGCUGAUCACAAGCACAAAUCCUCCCCUCUAGCCAUUUAAUAAGUUAAAAAUUACAAAAACAAAACCUACUAGUCUUGAACAAACUGUCAUACGUAUGGGACCUACACUUAAUCUAUAUGCUUUACACUAGCUUUCUGCAUUUAAUAGGUUAGAAUGUAAAUUUAAAGUGUAGCAAUAGCAACAAAAUAUUUAUUCUACUGUAAAUGACAAAAGAAAAAAAUAAAAAUUGAGCCUUGGGACGUGCCCAUUUUUACUGUAAAUUAUGAUUCCAUAAUAACUGACUUGUAGUAAGCAGUGUUUCUGGCCCCUAAGUAUUGCUGCCUUGUGUAUUUUAUUUAGUGUACAGUACAAUAGGUGCAUACUCCGGUCAUUUUUCAAGCCAUGUUUUAUCAUAUCUGUUUUCUACUGUAUGUGAGCAAGGUUUGCUGUCCAAGGUGUAAAUAUUCACUGGGAAUAAAACUGGCAUGGUACUUUUUUUUCCUUUUUUUUUUUCCUCUUCUGUUUGGCUCUUUCAAAAGUAAUGGCCCAUCAAUGAGCAAUUUUAACACACUCCAUAGUCUUCCCCUGUAUGUUAGGUAUUACUUUAUUUUUUUUCUCCCUGGGGCUUGGGGGGUGGGGUGGGUUGUCAUGGGGGAACUGCCCUUUAAAUUUUAAGUGACACUACAGAAAAACACAAAAAAGGUGAUGGGUUGUGUUGUGCUUUGUACCGAAUGCUGUCUUGACAUCUCCUCCCUGGUCCUCCAGUGUGUUCUAAAGCUGUGUCUGAGAUCUGGCUCCGCCUGUCACUUUGGUUAGUGACAGGGCUGGUUAGUUUGCUCUGUACAUUUUCUUUUCCUUUUUUCCUUUCUCUGGAGGCAUCACAUGCUGGUGCUGUGUCUUUAUUGAAUGUUUUAACCAUUUUCAUGGUGGAAGAAUUUUAUAUUUAUGCAGUUGUACAAUUUUAUUUUUUUCUGCAAGAAAAAGUGUAAUGUAUGAAAUAAACCAAAGUCACUUGUUUGAAAAUAAAUCUUUAUUUUGAACUUUAUAAAAGCAAUGCAGUACCCCAUAGACUGGUGUUAAAUGUCGUCUAUAGUGCAAAUCCAUGUUCUAACAUAUGUAAUAAUUGCCAGGAGUACAGUGCUCUUGUUGAUCUUGUAUCAGUCAGGUUAAAACAAUGGACAAUAAAAGAAUGAACACA